CUCAGGUUUGCACCAUUUCAGUUUUUACCAUGUUUGGUCGAAUUGCUCGAAGCGUGCGUGGCCAAGCCCUCCUCGGCACGUCCGCCACGGGGUGCGGUGUUGCUCUCGGCAUGUACAACAGUCAGUCGCCAACGCUUCUGGACACGAAGAAGAACAAGGUGGAUGCGUCCGAGUUCCUCUACGUGCCGCUGUCCAAGGACAAGACGCCGCCCACGAGCAUCGAAUUCGACACCACGGCCCCCAUGAAGGAGCGCAUGAAGGCCAUGAUCUUCCGCGUGCAAGACGAAAUCUGCGCUGGCAUGACGGCCAUCGACGGCACGGAAUUCCGCCAAGACGAAUGGGAACGUCCCGGCAAUGGCGGCGGCGGGCGCAGCCGUGUAAUCCAAGACAGCAAAGUGUUUGAAAAGGCCGGUGUGAACGUCUCCGUGAUCCACGGCGAGCUCGGCAAGGCGGCGGCGACCCAAAUGCGAGCCCAGGGCCGCGACCUGAAUGCCGAGAAGGCCCUUCCGUUCUUUGCAUGCGGCGUGAGCCUCGUGCUGCACCCGCGCAACCCGUUGGCCCCGACCAUGCACUUAAACUACCGGUACUUUGAAGUGGAAACAGGCAAGAUUGGCGCCGAUGGCAAGCCCAAGAAGCUGUCGUGGUUUGGCGGCGGCGCUGACUUGACGCCGAGCUACUUGUUUGAAGAAGACGCUCGCCAUUUCCACGCCGUGUACAAGACCAUUUUGGACAAGACGGAUAAGAGCUACUACCCCAAGAUGAAGGCCACAUGCGACAAGUACUUUUACAUUCCCCACCGCCAAGAAGGCCGCGGCGUCGGCGGGUUCUUCUUUGACGACAUGGAGGACAACCAAGAAGCCACGUUUCAAAUGGCUCGGCAGUGCGCGGUACGUCGUCCUUAAACCGAGGGACUCAAUUGUAACGUCGUCGCAUAGAACGCCACUGUGGACGCGUACGGCCCAAUCCUGCGCCGCCGCAUCCACUUGCCGUUCACUCAAGAGCAAAAGGACUGGCAGCAGAUCCGUCGCGGCCGAUACGUCGAGUUUAACGUCAUGUAUGACCGCGGCACCAAGUUUGGUCUGAACGUGCCUGGCUCGCGCAUCGAAUCCAUCUUGAUGUCGCUGCCGCUGACUGCGCGAUGGGAAUACAUGCACACGCCCAAGCCCGACUCGUGGGAAGCACGUACGCUCGAAGUGCUCAAGAACCCCGUCGACUGGCUAGACGUGGACGCUGUGGACCUGCAAACCCUCUCGACCAAGGAAUUGCUCAAGGAAAUUGCGCGUCGAAGUGAAACACAAUAGAAACCCACUUGAUCAUUGUCGUACUUGGUCGUAAUAAUGAUAAAAUCACAACUUUUGUAUAUAUAUAUAUAUA